AUGGUCUCCGCACCACGGCUCCAUUCCAUCAGCUGGCUGAGCCAGAAAUCAUACGCGACGCUCGCCUUUCCCUGGGAGCAGCUCACACACUUCACGCUGGGCUCCCCCACCGUUGUAGACGAAGGUCUUCGUAUCCUUGCGAUCUGCCCUCAUCUCAAAUUCCUGGAACUGAUACUCCUUCCCAUAUUUCCCGUCUCUAACGACGGUGACCCAUUUGUCCGACACAACACUUUACAACACCUUCAUCUGAGUGUUGUAGGUAACAUGGCAGCUCUCUUUGACAAAGUCACUCUACCAGCUCUGAAGGAUCUAUCGCUCUCCGAAUUACAUGGAACCGCACCCGACCCCCCUAUACACCUCGGCCGCUGGCCACAAUCCCAGUUCCUCGCAUUCCUCCUGCGUUCAGGUUGCACCAUCGAGCAAUUCAUCAUUGAGGAGUGUGAUAUCUCCGCAGAAGAUUUAGUGGAGUGUCUCGCACAUCCGCAGGUAUCAAAAUCGUUGCGUUCGUUGUCUGUCAUGGAAGGUCACCUAAAGAAUCCGUGCGUGACGGAUGAGGUGCUCAAGCGGUUGACGUAUACCCCACUGGAGACCAUCUGUCCGAAUCUCACGACCAUCAAGCUGUGGGGAUGCAUUUCCGCCCAGGAUGGAAAGGUCGCGGAUAUGGUUGAGUCGAGGUGGUUACCAAGGACCGAGGGUUACCCCCUCAUGCAAUUGAGGACGGCAGUAAUGGGGUUUUCCCCUAACACAUAUCAUGCAGAUGAUCGGAUUCGGUUGGGGGCGUUUAACGUAGACAGGUCCGGGAUCAAACUUACUCAACUGUGA